GUUGCUUCCCUUGGAGAAGGAGUAUCUUUGGAAGCUAAACUCUUGAGCAGAAAGGAUGCAGCAUUGCGUCAAAGAGAGGCCGCACUUAAAAGUUCCAGAGAUUCAAAGGAUGGAGUUGAUAAGGAAGUCACAUCUUUACAGGCUGAAGUUGAGAAUGCAAAAGCAGAGACUGAAGCCACAGUGAGACAGCUGAAUGGAGCUGAAUCUGAAGUGAAAGCUCUUCGAUCAAUGACACAGAGAAUGAUAUUAACUCAGAAAGAAAUGGAGGAAGUUGUUCUUAAGAGGUGUUGGCUAGCUCGUUAUUGGGGUUUAGCCACAAAAUAUGGUAUUUGUGCAGAUGUUGCAGUUUCAAAGUAUGAGCUUUGGUCAUCCUUAGCCCCUCUUCCAUUUGAGAUUGUUGUUUCUGCAGGACAAAAAGCCAAGGAGGAAUGCUUGGAAAAAGGUGAUGAUGCAACAGAGAAGAGGAGCAAUCUUGUUCCAGACUUGAAUGAUCUUACCGGAGAAGGAAACAUUGAGAGUAUGCUGUCGGUUGAAAUGGGAAUGAAGGAGCUUGCUUCUUUAAAGGUUGAGGAUGCUAUUGUGCAAGCAUUAGCCCAACAACGACGUCCAAAUUCUGCUCGACAGCUAGUUUCAGAUAUUAAAUCACCAGGGGAUCCUAAAUUUAUGGAAGCCUUUGAAUUGAGUCCAGAGGAAUCUGAGGAUGUUCUUUUCAAGGAGGCUUGGCUGACUUAUUUUUGGAGAAGAGCCAAGGCUCAUGGUAUAGAGGAGGACAUUGCCAAAGAACGUCUUCAGUUUUGGAUUGGUCGGAGUGGGCAUUCACCUACUUCACACGAUGCUGUUGAUGUUGAACAAGGGCUUUCGGAGCUGAGGAAAUUGGGGAUUGAACACAGGCUUUGGGAAGGAUCCAGAAAAGAAGUUGAUCAAGAUUUCACUAGUGCAUCAAAAUUGACUACAAAACCUGAAAUUUGUGCUUGAGACAUUUUCCUUGUAUGCAUAUUUAAAUUAUGAAUUUCAUCUUUCUUCCGGAGAUGGUUGUAUUGAAUUUAGACUCUGAUCAAACUCUAGCUCUCGAUUCUCUAGCUACUUUAGAUUACAUUUGUCUGCUUUGAAUGACAUAGAACCUCUAUAAAAAAUCAUGAGUAUUAAUUUUAUUUUGACAAA